GGAGAAGCCCAAAAGAGAAACAGAGAUGGCCAAAUUGACAGAGUCGAUGACCAACGUCCUGGAAGAAGACUCAAUGGAGCAGGACAUAGAGAGCCCUGUCACUAUUCAUCAACCAAAGUUGCCCAAACAAGCUAGAGAGGAUCUGCCAAAACACCUGAACAAAGAAUGUGCCAAGAGGAAAAUCCAGAGGUACGUUAGGAAAGAUGGGAAGUGCAACGUCCACCACGGGAACGUCAGAGAGACCUACCGUUACCUGACGGACAUCUUCACCACCCUGGUGGAUCUCAAGUGGAGGUUCAACCUGUUGAUCUUUGUCAUGGUUUACACUGUGACCUGGCUGUUCUUUGGAAUGAUCUGGUGGCUGAUUGCCUACAUGAGAGGAGAUAUGGAUCACAUAGGGGACAGCACGUGGACCCCCUGCGUCAGCAACCUCAAUGGGUUUGUCUCAGCCUUUUUAUUCUCAAUCGAGACCGAAACCACCAUUGGGUAUGGUUACCGGGUCAUCACGGACAAGUGUCCCGAGGGGAUUAUCCUGCUCUUAGUGCAGUCGGUUUUAGGUUCUAUCGUCAACGCUUUCAUGGUUGGCUGCAUGUUUGUGAAAAUAUCCCAACCCAAGAAGAGGGCAGAAACCUUGGUGUUCUCCACAAACGCAGUCAUUUCCAUGCGGGAUGGGAAGCUGUGUCUGAUGUUCCGAGUAGGAGACCUUAGGAAUUCCCACAUUGUAGAGGCAUCAAUACGAGCCAAGUUGAUCAAAUCCAAACAGACAAAGGAGGGGGAAUUUAUACCACUCAACCAGACAGAUAUCAACGUAGGUUAUUACACAGGGGAUGAUCGUCUCUUUUUGGUUUCACCACUGAUCAUCAGCCAUGAGAUUAACCAGCAGAGUCCUUUCUGGGAGAUUUCCAAAGCCCAGUUGCCCAAAGAGGAGCUAGAAAUUGUUGUAAUCCUAGAAGGAAUGGUGGAGGCAACAGGGAUGACCUGCCAAGCCCGAAGCUCCUACAUCACGAGCGAGAUCCUCUGGGGUUAUCGCUUCACCCCCGUCCUCACCCUGGAGGACGGGUUUUAUGAGGUUGACUACAACAGUUUUCACGAAACCUAUGAGACCAACACCCCAGUUUACAGUGCCAAAGAGCUGGCAGAGAUGGCCAGCCGAGCAGAACUGCCCCUCACGUGGUCCGUUUCCAGCAAGCUGGACCAGCACGCGGAGCUGGAAGCCGAGGAGGAGGAGAAGAAUCAGGAAGACCAAAAUGAAAGAAACGGUGACGUGGCCAACUUGGAGAGCGAGUCCAAAGUGUAGAACCAACAGAGGCACAAAGGCCACACCACCUCCUUUGUCUUCUCCCUCUUGGCUCCCGGUUUCUUUCUGCGACACGCCUUUAAUUCUCUUUUUUUUUCCUUCCCACGAUUCUCAAUCCCUGGAAAAUAAAUACUCAAGAUGAGAAAUAUCCGCCUACCCGAUUCCAGCUCCAGAGAUUCACAGACUCCAAGGCGUGGGGUAAAGCUGCAAUACCCACUGGGGAUGGUGGAAUCUCCAUCCCCACCCCUGGUAAUGACUGCUGGUUCCACCUCUCCGGGGUCAGACCUCCAGGUUUAUUCACCACAAAAAAAAAAAAAAAACCACCCAAAUGCAACAGAAAUACAAGCAAGGGGUUUAAAAGGAAAGACUGAUUCAUCCAAGCGGACCUUGACUCUGGUUUUUAUGUGUUUCAGGACAGUUUCACAAGCUGGGGGACAAACCUCUGUGAAAUGGGCCUUGCAGCUUUAAGGGGAAGGUGAGCAGAGGGACCUGCAAUCCAACAAAAUACUGUACAUAUGCCUUAUGUAACUACUUUCUCUUUACAUUUAGUAAUAAACACCGCAUGUACAAAAGUACUGUAGUAAAGAACUUCUAAAUAAUGUACACACAGACGUGUAACUAACGUAGGUUUAGAAACAAGAGUCCUAGAAAUAUCGGGAUGCAAAAAAAAACUAACUCCCCAUCGAGUAGGAAUUUCUCUUCAAAUAUUUGGAGUGUAAUAUUGAUAAUUUUUCCCCCCUCUAAGGCUCUUCUAGUGCAUGACAUUUUCUUCAGUGUACCAGACUGGCAGCUAUUUAGAGAACCUCACUGUUUGCCAAACAGGUCGUUUCACUGACUC